AUGUUGCGCAAAAAAGUGAUGAUCAGUGAAGUUGAGAUACAUAUCAAUCGAAUACAAAGGCACGUUCAAGACCACUUGGUGUUCUCAUUAAAUGUUCAGCCGUCAGAGAGUGGUGGUGCCAUCAUGGCUGUUGAUCUACAUCGACGGCGUGUGAAUGAGGGGGGGUAUAUACUGCAGUCGAGAACUGGUUGUACGACGAUGCGAUCCAAAGAGCCAAGCCUCAGAGAUGACAGCCUAACCAAGCGCUACAGGCUGUUCUACCCUUAA